AUGGUCACAAUCACACAUGCCGAGACGAAGGAUGUACGGUUUCCGACUUCUCUCGACAAGACCGGUUCCGAUGCCAUGAAUGCAGCAGGAGACUAUUCCUCAGCAUACUGCAUCCUACACACCGAUUCGGAAUUCAAAGGCCAUGGCAUGACCUUCACGAUCGGCCGCGGCAACGAAAUCGUCUGCACCGCCAUCGCCCACCUCGCCGACCGCAUCAAAGGCCGCACCCUCGAAUCCCUCGUCGAGAACUGGGGAAAAACAUGGCGCCACCUCGUCAACGACUCGCAACUCCGCUGGAUCGGCCCCGAAAAGGGCGUUAUCCACCUCGCUCUCGGCGCCGUGGUAAACGCCAUCUGGGACCUGUGGGCCAAGACGCUGGGCAAACCCGUCUGGCGCAUCGUUGCAGACAUGAAACCGCAGGAAAUCGUGUCGUUGAUUGACUUUCGAUAUAUUACUGAUGCGCUCACACCCGACGAGGCGUUGGAGAUCUUGACAAAGGCAGAGAAGGGGAAGAAAGAGCGGCUUCAGGAGGCGCUCAACUCCCAGGCUGUGCCGGCGUACACGACGUCAGCGGGCUGGUUGGGCUACGGCGAAGAUAAGAUGCGCGGCUUGUUGACGGAAACGCUGUCCAAGGGGUACCGCCACUUCAAAUUGAAGGUUGGGAGCGACAUGGAGCAGGACAAGACGCGGCUGCGCAUUGCGCGGGAGAUUAUUGGAUUCGACAAGGGGAAUGUGCUCAUGGUCGAUGCGAAUCAGGUGUGGAGCGUUCCCGAGGCGAUUGAGUAUAUGAAAGAGUUGGCAGAGUUCAGGCCCUGGUUUAUCGAGGAGCCGACGAGUCCUGAUGAUGUCCUUGGCCACAAAGCCAUCCGCGAAGCCCUCAAGCCCUACAACAUCGGCGUCGCCACGGGCGAAAUGUGUCAAAACCGCGUAAUGUUCAAGCAAUUCCUCGCCUCCUCCGCCAUCGACAUCUGCCAAAUCGACGCCUGCCGCCUCGGCGGCGUCAACGAAGUCAUCGCCGUGCUCUUGAUGGCUGCUAAAUUCAACGUCCCCAUCGUACCGCACUCGGGCGGCGUGGGCCUGCCCGAAUACACGCAGCACCUGAGCACCAUCGACUAUGUGGUUGUUAGCGGCAAGAAGAGUGUGUUGGAGUAUGUGGACCAUUUGCAUGAGCAUUUUGAAAAUCCGAGUAAGGUGAAAGAGGGGUAUUAUGUCACGCCCAUGGAGCCCGGGUAUAGCGUAGAGAUGAAGGCGGAGAGUAUGGAGAGGUUUAGUUACCCUGGUGGUGAAGGCGGAUGGUGGAAGAGUGAGGAGGCAAGACCGAUUUUGGAGGGGGUGAAGAUUUAG